AUGUCAACCUCAAUGAAAAAGGUGGCGCUUGAGUUGAAACACAAACUAAAACAUCCAGGUGCAGCUCCUCGCGCUCGCAAGCCCAUUAGAUUCCUCCAGGAAGCCGAGCUACGAUUUGAGCAGGUCAACGACCGCUACUACAACACGUACGGCGGGAUGGUUGUAGCAACUAUCAAAUGUGUGGUCGUCGGUGACGGUGCAGUUGGAAAGACAUGCUUACUGAUUUCCUACACGACCAACAAAUUCCCCUCGGAAUAUGUCCCUACGGUGUUUGACAAUUAUGCAGUCACUGUUAUGAUCGGUGACGAGCCGUACACCCUGGGAUUGUUCGACACGGCCGGCCAAGAGGAUUACGAUCGACUUCGACCUCUAUCAUAUCCCCAAACCGAUGUCUUUCUGGUUUGCUUUUCCGUCACUUCUCCGGCAUCCUUCGAAAACGUGCGCGAGAAAUGGUUCCCCGAAGUCCACCACCAUUGUCCCGGGGUCCCUUGCUUGAUCGUCGGAACUCAAACCGAUCUAAGAGAUGAUCCGUCGGUCCGCGAGAAGCUUGCCAAGCAGAAGAUGCAGCCUGUCCGCAAGGAAGACGGAGAAAGGAUGGCCAAGGAUCUGGGAGCGGUCAAAUACGUCGAGUGCAGUGCCCUGACGCAGUACAAGUUGAAGGACGUCUUUGACGAGGCCAUUGUGGCUGCUCUAGAACCACCGCCCAAGAAGAGUAGUAAAAAGUGCGUCAUUCUGUGA